AAAGUCCUGAACAUGGCGGCUCAUCUGCCACACUGCACCUGUAUCCUGUAUGUUUUUCUGUAAAUCGUACACAGUGACUCGGAAAAAUUGAGAAAUACAUCACCUCAUCUAAAUCAUACGAGUAUUUAAUUAACAAAGAUGAGACAGAGGAAAAAAAAUUUAUAUGAAAAUCGAGGGUUACCAGACAAUUACACAGAUGACUCUUUUUUAGCUGACAUGGGCAAAAACAUUAAACCUAAUACAGCAACUUUUAAUCAAGCAAUCACUCUUGCUGCAAGUAUUUUAAUACAGCUAAGUAUUGUUAUUCUGUUUGUUAUUGUGUUUAUUUGGAUAAAUAAUAAAUGGACAACACCAAACGUUAUAUUUUCUAUAAGCAUAUCUUUGACAGUUAUUGGCUAUAUAAAGUAUGUUAACAAAACGCUCAUAAUAUUUAAAAGAAUAUCAAAAGAUUUACGAACAGUUCUUAUUUUUCUAGCUUUUGGAUACAUUUUAUCACCAGUCUUGAAAACUUCGACUGAAACCAUUAGUACUGAUACAAUCUACACAAUGACAAUCUUCAUGUUUUUUAUUCAUUUAAUUUUCAGUCAAUACAGCCCAACAAAUGUUUCUCUUUCGGAGUCUCUAUCAAUUACAUCUUCUAUUUUUGGGUCAUUAAUGUUAACUUCAAGAUUAUCAACACCUUUACAUGCAUUUUCCUUGCUUACUGUGGCAGUCCAAUGUUUUGUUCUAUUGCCCUUUUUAUUGUCUAAAUUAAAUAGUAAAAUUUAUUUUUCGAUAAUUCUAGAACUUUCAACGUUAUACUUUCUUAAAAAUAUAUCAAUAAAUUUCUCACUUGUUUUUGUUGCUAUUUCAGUGUUUGUUCAUUUUGUAUGUCCAGUUUUAUACAUAAAAUGGCAAAGAUAUAAAGAAAACAUAUACGGCCCCUGGGAUGAAGCAAUAGUCGAUCCAUAACAAAAGAUACAUAUUUGUACUGAUCUGUAAAUAUCUUGAUUUUGUAUUAAUUAAGUAACGAACAGUCACAAAUGUCAAAAGUUUUAAUAAAUAGAUUUGGAUCCAA